AUGAAAAGGAACUGCUUGUAUGUCCUUAAACUUCUCAAAAACAAAAAGUGCAACGCAGAAUGUAUAGCAAAUGACAGCAAUUAUAGUAAAAGAUAUUGCAGUGGUAAUAUCACUGAAAACAGGGGAAAAAUAAUUAACCACAUAUCAUAUUCUCUACCUAUGGAAAAUAAUAAUGAAAAAUAUAAUUUUGAACUAUUGAUGAAGACAAUAAAAAAUAGAGCUGAUGAAUAUAACCUAAUAAAAAUAAAAGAAGUUCAAAAUAAAAUAUUAAUUCAUUUAAAAAAGUUUACCAUUAAUGAAGUAGUAUCAACACUCAUCCUUUCAUUUAAAUAUAAUUUAUUAAACACAAAAAUACUAUUCGAGAUUACUGAACAGUUAUUUCAAAAUUCCUGUUUCUUAAAUAGUAAGCAUUUAUAUAUCUUAGUUUCAAUAAUGAAAAAGAUACAUUUGGAAAAAUGUGGCUGCUUGCUCAAUCAAACGAAUGACAAAAAUAGAAUUUAUAAAACGGAGAAUAUAUUACAACAUGUAAAUGAAACUAUAGGCUGGAAAAAGAAAUAUUACAAGGAGGUAUAUGAAAAUAUUUUUUCUGAUUCAACACCAGAUCCAAAGUUAAAGGAAAAUGGGAAUACACAGUUUAAUGAUGACGACAUAAGUAAUACCUCUAGUUACGUUGCAAUUAAUGCACUAUUAUGCAACCAUGCAAAUCUAACAAGUGAAAAACAACAAAACGAUAUAGAGGGAAACGGAAUAACAUCCUAUGACAGAAGUGAAAAGGGGGAUGAAAUUUCAGUAGAAAAAUUAAUUUUCAACCAAGAUGACAUAUCUACAUACAUGAAAAAAACAUACUUUAAAAUUAAAAAUAUUUUGACACAUAAUUAUAUCAAUAUUUCCUUGAACAUGAAAAACAAUAUGUACACCAAUUUGCUAUUAUUGAAUUAUUUACAUGAGGAAAAUAUAAUAAACGGGAAUGAUUUUUUAAAAAUAAUUUAUAGUAUUAACAUGGAAUUUGACGAAUAUUCAUUCAUAAGUAAUAGUAGCAAUUAUUACUACAACGGUUAUAAUAACUGCACUUUGGAUAAUUCCUGGUUCCACGCUGACAAUAUUACCAAUUCAUAUAUUCAAGAGCAAGGUGACAAUGAGUCCACGUACGACUUAUACAUACAAGUUCAUUUUAACUUAUUAAAAAAUUUACUUAAAAGAAGUUAUAUCAUUAAUGAUAUAUUUAUUCUAGAAAAAAUGGAGAAUGGAAUUACUAUAGAGAAUGAAUCUUACAAAAAUAAAAAGUUGUAUCUAGACACAUUUACUUGUUUUUUUAACAAUUUAAUACGUGUACAAAAAAACAUCAAUUACAUAAAACUAUUCUAUUUGAAUAUUAUGUCAUAUGAAAUAUUUAAAUUAUUUACUGAUAAUGAAGUAUACAAAAAUGUAAAAAUACAUUAUGUAUUUCUCAAACGUGUAAAAUGUGAAACAAUUUUAAGAGAAAAAAUUAAACCUAAUAUUAAUUACUACUUUUUAAGCAUAAUAUACUAUCUUAAAAGAGAACACAUAUUAAACUAUAAGAUGGAUUUAUUUCAAGACCAUUUACUUGACUUAACAAAAAUUCAUAAUAAAUAUAUUCUUUUUUUAAACUCACUAAGUAAAUAUAAUUUAUGCGAUAUUUGUGUAGAUAACCAUCGAUCUAAUACCUCUAAUAAUGUAAAUCUCAAAUAUAAUGAACAAACAGUUUCUAGUGAACAUAAUAUAAAUAUGAAAAGUAAAGAUAUAAAUAAUAAAAGAGAACGUGAAAAAUUACAAUCAAAUGAAUUAAAGAAUACUUGUUUCUGUUAUUAUAUGGUAGAAUUUACCUUUAAUAUUGUAUGCUAUUUAAAUAGCAUAGAUAUAUGUGAACAGAUAUUUAUUUUGAAAUAUUUAGUACUUUUAAAUUUUAAAAACGAAUACUUAAUUGAUAUAAUUAACCAACACGUAUACAAUUUUUUUAUACUCAAGUCCUACUAUACUGACCCUAAAUACUUUUACUACAUUUUAGAAUAUUUAUUCAUAUCACUUAUUUAUUCGCCACCCACUUUCUUUAACAUCAUAUGUUUAAUAGACCAUGGAAAGUUUCAAAAUUUGUUGGAUAAUUCAUUGGGGGGGAAAAAAAAAAUUACGCAUAAAGUGAAAAAAAUAUAUGACACUGUUAAUACAAUCAUGAAUACAAACGAAAAAAAUGCACACAAAAAUAAUUUUAAUAAAAGUUCUAUAAUUAUAUCAUAUAAUGACAAACAAGUUCGAAGUUUUCAAAACCUUCUGUACGAUUUUAUAUUCUUAUAA